AUUAUACCUGAGUUGAUAGAUAUCAAUGUCAGGACCUUUUGACGCUGGUGAAAAUGAAUGCCCGCCUGUGGGUGAGAAAUUUCCCUGGAUAGGUGUUAGUAGGUGGGGCCUGAUGAAGUUUAGUCAAUAGAACCCCGGCUGCUAAUGUAGUUUCCUUGUUUUCCGCACACCGACCAUAACUCUGCUCACAGCAGCCUGUAACUAGUUGUGAACCCUCUGGAGCGACGUCGGCUGGAUUCACUCCAUGGUUGAGUCUGAUCCCCUGAGGUAUAGUGAAACCUAGCACGUACACGGCACCGGAGCAAGUGGGACGAGAUGGAAGGGGAGAAGCAACAGCUCGCUCCGAGCGCGUCCUGCGAGCACGUUGACACGGCGGCGAUUACUCCGGGCUCUGCCACGACCCCCGACGCGGCAUGCAUCUUGUGUCAGAUUUGUACGCGACCCUCCGAGAAGAAGGAAAAACUGAAAGAAAUCCCAGUGGACGGUAACACACCAGAGAAGGCAGAAAAGGAGGCUAUGGAAAAGGACUCCCUGAAACCCAAAGACAACGAUGAAGAAAAGGAGAAAAGCAAGAAGAAGCCAGAGGAGGAGAGUGAUGGGAAUGCGAGUUUCCUGCGUGCAGCACGAGCAGGGAACUUGGACAAGGUGUUGGAAUACUUGAAGGGUAGCACAGACAUUAACACAAGUAACGCAAGUGAUGGGAAUGCGAGUUUCCUGCGUGCAGCACGAGCAGGGAACUUGGACAAGGUGUUGGAAUACUUGAAGGGUAGCACAGACAUUAACACAAGUAACGCAAAUGGACUGAAUGCGCUGCACUUAUCCUCCAAGGAGGGCCAUGUCAACAUUGUGCAGGAGCUGCUGGCCCGAGGAGCCGACGUUAAUGCAGCAACUAAGAAAGGAAACACAGCCCUGCACAUCGCCUCUCUUGCAGGCCAGAAGGAAAUUGUCAAGAUCCUGGUAGAGCACGGAGCAACCGUCAACUGCCAAUCUCAGGUAGCACUGGGCAAUCACUAUGUUCCCCCAACAUGGCCGCCCUCAGCCACCCUGUGUGUCGUGUCAAGGGCAGAGUAG